AUGACCUCGCAGGUGACUAAAACCCCGGAAGCCCCUGACAAAGACCCCAAGGGACCAAAGGGAAUGGAGGAGACCAAAGCGGUGCAGCAGGUCUCUUGCGUGCCGCCCAUCCCAACAAGCCAGCAGCCUCCAGCAUGUCACCACAGGGACCAGCCUUUGGCCACUCACUUCCUUCCUUUUGUCGCCCAUUUUGGGGGCCGUCAGCCCAACUCCUUCAAGUUUCUCUUCUACAAACCGAGUUGCUCCAACUCGUACAGCCCCUUCUACACUGCGCAGAAGCCAACCUGUGGGUACCGCUACCACCGCAACACCGACCACACCAGGAAGGUGAUGGACGUCCCGAGUGCAAACAUUGUGAAAUGGAGACCCACCCUGGGACCGAAGCCGUAG